AUGCCGGCGGCCGGCCAGGCUGGGGGCCCGGAGCCCGGAGUCGCGCCGCUGCCCUCGCGGCCGGCCCAGCUGCUGUCGGCGCUGUUCUACGCGAGCUGUUCCUUCCUCCUGGUGCUAGUCAACAAGGCGCUGCUGACUGCCUACGGGUUCCCAUCCCCAAUUUUUCUUGGAGUUGACAGGUAAAUGGCAGUUACAAUUAUGAUACUGUAUAUGUCCAAGCUAAAUAAAAUAAUUCACUUCCCUGAUUUUGACAAGAAAAUUCCUGUGAAGCUCUUUCCUUUGCCUCUCCUCUAUGCCGGAAAUCACAUAAGUGGAUUAUCAAGCACAAGUAAAUUAAGUUUGCCUAUGUUCACCGUGCUCAGAAAAUUUACUAUUCCACUUACAUUACUCCUGGAAACCAUCAUACUCGGGAAACAGUUUUCCUUGAACAUCAUUGUCAGUGUCUUUGCCAUCAUUCUUGGUGCUUUCAUAGCAGCUGGUUCUGACCUUGCUUUCAACUUGGAAGGCUAUAUUUUUGUUUUCCUCAAUGAUAUCUUCACAGCAGCUAAUGGAGUUUAUACCAAACAGAAAAUGGACCCAAAGGAGCUAGGGAAAUAUGGAGUGCUCUUCUACAAUGCCUGCUUUAUGAUUAUCCCAACUCUUAUCAUCAGUAUUUCUACUGGAGACCUUCAGCAGGCUACUGAAUUCAACCAAUGGAAGAAUAUUCUGUUUAUCAUACAGUUUCUUCUUUCCUGUUUUUUGGGGUUUCUAUUGAUGUACUCGACUGUCUUGUGUAGCUACUAUAAUUCAGCUCUGACAACAGCUGUGAUUGGAGCCAUUAAGAAUGUAUCCAUUGCUUACAUUGGGAUGCUAUUUGGCAGAGAUUAUGUUUUCUCAGUGUUAAACUUUGUAGGGUUAAAUAUUUGCAUGGCUGGGGGUUUGAGAUAUUCCUUUUUGACUCUAAGCAGUCAGUUAAAGCCGAAACAGCCUGUGGAUGUAGAAAACACACCCCUGGAUGUGAAGAGCUAGAGUCUGGAGGUCAACAUGUGGAUUGAUGUAAGGCCCAGGAGCCUGGG